AUGACACGUAGUGCCGCAAAUAUCACAAAAGCCUGUGAGGUAUGCAGGAAAGCCAAGCUACGAUGUGAUGGUGAUACACCGUGCCGACGGUGCGUCGACAAGGGGAGACAAGCCGACUGUGAGUACCGUGAACGGCCUCGGGUGAGGAAGCAGACUCGCCGUCCUCAGCCUCAAAAAGACUCCGAGUAUACUUCUCCUGCUAGCCACUCCAGUCAGCAAGUUGGCGGAGUAGUUGAGCGCAACGUAGCCCAGCCAGAACCUUACCGCCAGAGUGUGGCAGCAACCCAUGAGUAUGCAUCUGACUGUAUCUUUACUUCACGGUUAUUCUAUGGCCCCUCAUCGUCCUUCGCUUUCUCGCAACAGGUAUAUCGAAUACUAUGGCAGUCUGGUGAACAGAUUCACAAUGAUCACAACUCGGACACAGUCCAAGAAGGAGGCCCAGGACUUAGUCUCUUGAAACAACGAGCAAUAUUCUUCGGAAUUCCAACCAGAGUGGACGUGAGCUCUAUUUCCCAAUCGAUUAAUCAACACAGGCUCUGUGAUUGGCUCCCCCUAAAUGAGGCCGAGAAACUCUUAGGGCAUUUCAUCUCAACCAAUAUUUUCCAGAUUCCGUUCUUCUCUCCAGUCGAAAUGACUGAUCUGCUUCACAGUGUGUACAACAGCGAAGCAAGCGCAUCUCUGUCGCCUCAAGUAAAGGCGGUAGUAUUGGCCAUCUUGGCCAAUGGAGCUUUGAACACAUCUGAUACUUAUCUUGCCGAGUCGUUGUUCGUCCGCGCGAAACAAGAAGUAGCAGCUUGUGAUGACGAGGUCAGUUUGACUAUGACCCAUUUAUCACUACUACUCGCAACAUACCAGAAUAACAUAGGCCGCCCCCAUUCGUCCUAUCUUCAUACUGGAGUUGCCUCAAGGAAGAUUUUCGCAAUGGGGUUGCACAGCUAUGGCCCUGAAGGCAACGCUCGCCCCGAUAUGAUACAAAAACGGCGCAUCAUGGCCUGGAGCGUGUAUUAUCAUGAAACCAUGCAUGCGCUUUUCUUGGGCCGUGAGAGCACGUACAAGAAGGCGAGCAUCCGAACGCCUUUUCCUGACAACCAACCCACUCUUGUUGGCCUGUGCAAAUUAGCUCAAAUUGCGGAAGAUAGUGCAGCCACGAUAUACGGGUCAACCUGUGCAUCAUUGUGGCAGUUAUACCAAGCCGCAGAGAAGAUACACGGCAGACUCCAGGCCUGCGCGGAGGAGCUGGGGAUAGCGUCAUCGGCUGCGGCUGCUCGCUCAUCGAUGUUUACUCCAACUGCAAUAUUGCUUUUACACAAUAUUUACUAUCAUACUCUGCUCCUCACAUUCCGGCCUUUCCUGAUUGCCGAAUUUGCGUUACAUCUGAAACAACCCUCGGCAUCAAGAAAUCGGAAUCAGAUGUGGUUAAUACGGGCCCGUAGGAUAGCUAUAGAGGCUGCACAAGACUGUAUAGUAUACAUGAAUGAAGCUUACCAUGACUUCCAUUCAUGUCGAACGAUUCGCUUUAAUGCUUUCUUUCUUGAAUCUAGUAGCCAAGCGCUAUGCUACGAUAUGUUAAGGAAUCCAUCCAAACUAUCUUAUAAUAAAGAAUAUCUCAGGACAGCAUUGAACUGCUUAGAGCAGAUGGUCAAGGACGAACCGAUGGUACAUACCGAAUCAUCAAUGACGGAAACACUGCGAAUUGUGGAACAGCACCUCUCGACGAAUAGAACUGAGCAAGGGAUACUGGAACACGGCGGGAAUGGCGAACGGACGAGUCCCACAGGAGAUGUAUCUCAUCAGCAACACGCCGGUUCUAUUCCCACGGUAACACACGAUUUCCUAGUAGAUGAAUCAGAACAUAUGAUUUACUUGAACGGCACUACUAGUUUACCGGAUCCCCUUAUCCAGUCUCAAAACCCCAAUUUCUUCACCACCGAUCUAUUCAAUUUCUUCCCGCUGGACACAAUAUCAGAUGACUCUACUAGUCCGUGGCACGUGUAA